AUGUUAUCUGCAUGUUCCUUUGCAACAAGUUUACAUUGUUUAGAAAGAAUUUUUGCCUAUUAUAAACUUCAAUCUCAUAAAUAUGGUGUUGAUUAUAUGUCAAUUCAUUUUAUAAUUUUUAGUUAUUUUGGAACAAUUAUUAUUACACUAAUAACUCAAUUACUUGGUAAUUAUUUUUUUAUACUUGAUAGUAUUAAUAGUGCUUUAAUAUUUUUAAUAAUUCAAAUUGUAACAUUUAUAAUUUUUCUUUAUACAGUAUAUAAAACAAAUGUAUAUUAUCGUAUGAAAACAUCAGAAAUUGUCAUUUCAUUACCACUUUUAUAUAAACAUCAACUUCAAGAAAUUUACAAAUCAUCUAAACUUUUAACAACAAUAAUUUUUUCUGUUGUUUUUUCAAAUGUUGAAGGUUGUUGUCAUACCAUGAUAAUGUAUUUAAUAAAUGGUGAAUCUAUGAAUAUAGUUACUCAUGCUUUAACUUUUCAAUUUGUCGUAAAUACAUGUAUACUUUUUCGUCUAUUAAUUUUAAUUUUUCUUCAAAAAAAAUUAAGAACAUAUGUAAAUGAUAGUUUACCUAUUAAUUUUAAAUCAUCAACAAUAAAACCUAUCAAAGUAAUACAAAAAAAUAAAUCUGAAAGUAAAGAAUAUUUUAAAUUUUAUGCUAAACAAUGGUAA